UUUUAUUAUUUUAUAUUUGGCUUAUGUGGUACAUGUUUUUUUGUGAAAAAAUUGUAAAUUUAUCUUGGCUGAUUCAUCAAACUUCUGGGUUUAAAAAUAGAUGAAGUACUAAAAUAAUCCACAUGGUGGUGGAGCUCCAUCAAACCAGAUGAAAACACUAUUGAAGUGCUUGGGUCUGUUUGGCACACAGUGUCACAGCGGAUGAAACAGGAAAAGUACCCUUCAGACAUGUACUGUAAGUCCAAAAGUUUGCACCUUUAUGGAAGAUGUUUGAGGUGAGUGGAUGAAGUAUACUUUGAGAAUGAGGAUACUACUAUUAUUUACAAUUUAUCACUCAAAUUUUAAUACAUCUGUCUAUUUUUAAUACCACUUUUCCUCAUUUGGGUUACGGGUGAGCUAAAGCCCAUUCCAGCUGACUUCAAGAGGUGUCAUAUACAGGACACAGACAUUAACACUAAAUAGACAAUUUACAAUCUCCUUUGCACACACAAGAAGAUCGUGCAAACUCCCAAUGGCGAUUCAAAAUAGUUCUCCAAAUAGUGAGGUUUUGUAGUUGUACUGUAUUUUUUGUAUUUAUAGCACAGAAACGUAUUCACAACAGUUUGUAACAAUAUUAGAGCCCUCUAGAUAUAAAAUAACACCCCUAUAGUCACGUUUACACCUGUAUUACCCAACACAUACACAUAGUACACAUAAUUAGAGUAAAUAAGCUAUUUAAGACAUAAAUAACACUCAUGCUCCUGUGUGUUGCUAUAAAUUUGUUCGCCAGGGUAACAAUGCGUGGGUAACGGCCGAAACAUUAGCCUGUGUUUUAUUAGGGAGUAUUUUAGGUUAAUUCCGAACUCUUAAUUGUCUAUAUGUGCUCUGUGAUUGGCUGGCGACCAGCCGAAGUCAGCUGGGAUAGGCUCCAGCAUACCCCUGCGACCCUACUGAGGAUAAGCGGUAAAGAAAAUAAAUGGAUGAAUCUGCCUGUGGUGAGACAAUUCAAACCUAGUGGUGAAUGUCAUAACAUAACAAACAUAUGGGAACAAAACAGUCACAUUACUGACACCUAGUGCCAGUGUAGAAUAUUACAUCUUUAAAUGCGUCUUUUGAAUACCUUGUAUUUGUAGUUUAAUUUUUCUACUUAAAAAAUGCAUAUUUAGGGGGAAAAAUAAUUUUCUGCAAUAUGCAUAUGAUUUGACUAAUAAGCCAUAUUCAGCCACAAAAAGCAUAAUUAAUAUAUAUAAUAUAUAUAUAUAUAUACACCUUGAUAAAGCAAAGCCAAGAGCCAAAGUGGCGAGGGACAACUACAUAAUUUUUUUUUCCAAGUAAAAAAUAUUCCUCUUUAUUGUUCUUUCAGAAUUUACGGCAAUGAAUCAAGUGUGACAAAAGCUAUUUAGCAUAGACAUAUAGACCAUUUAUAUUCACUGUAUCAUCUUAUCACACACGAUGGAUAUCGUGUGACAAAACAAAGUAGGAACAUUUUUCGAACAAGUUCAGCCACUGUAACAGAAUGUUGAAUCAUCUGAUAAGAAAAUCGCUUUAAGAUUUGAGCAUGAAAGAGCGCCAACGAGCAUAGGGAGGCCAUCUCUGGGGUAUGGUCCUCCCUCCUUCGCCUGCAAGAUAAUAUAAUACUGAAGGUGUGCAAAAGUCACAUCGCACAGUCAGGAUGAAUGCCUCACCAUGCCCUUCCGAACGAUCUUGGACAUUGAAGGUGUUGUGCAUGUUCUACUCUACCAUGUGCCUGCUCAACUGGCCUCUCUACUCAGAAGCAGCCAAGCUCCGUUGCGGCACCGACCUCCUCAAUGACCUUCUAUUUGUGUGUGGCGAUCGCGGGAUCUAUUUUGGUAAAGGUACACGGCCUGGUUAUGGUUCCCGGCCGAGAGGGAAGGGGAUCGUGGACAAAUGUUGCAGGUCGAAUGGCUGUGAUCUCCAUCAUCUGGAGGUCUACUGUGCUAAGCCAAAGAAGCAACAGCCGACUACAGCAUGGCCAAGCACAAGUACAGAACCCCACACCACAAAACAUGACGUGGCCAAUCAGUUCCAGGCGGUAUUCCACAAAAGACUCAUAGAACACCUGGGUCCUCCCAACAGUCCAAAGAGAGAGGCUUAUAGGAAAAAAACAAAGCCUUCAUUCCCAAAGAAAACCAAAGUUUCAUCCACACGCAGGAUGAAGAUGAAGCUACAGCACACAACAAGUGGACCUCCCUCAAGAAGCACUACAAGGAUAUUAUCCUUUUAAUUAUUUGACUUCUUCAGAACGUGCCAAUGAGUCUGUUGGCCAAUGACUGGCUUGUACUCCUCAAAAAAGCUGCUGUUUCUUUCAUAUUUUGCACCCCCGAGUUCAUUUUAAACAUGGUCCAUUGAUAACACACAUUAAUAUAUUUAUUCUCCAAACAGCUGUUUCGCCCAACUCUGUACACUGUAUGUUUUCCAUGAGUGCUAUUUUAUUUAUUCUAGUAUCAGCAGCAUGUGCCACAUUCUGUAUUAUAUCUUUUUUUUUUCUGUGAAUAGUUUUCUAAGUGCUUGAUUAUUCGGAUUCAACACUUACUGUGUAUUUAAAGCUCAUUUCUUACUGUCUUUCAAGUAUUGAUAGACAAUAAUAUUCCAUGCACUUUCAUAACUUUCAUUAAUAAGCAAAACCUCAGUAGUAUUUUCAUUUUGUUUGUAAAUUAUUUGUAAAUUCAUUGUC